AUGGAGGGUGUGGAGGAGGCCAACCGGGCGGCCGUGGCGAGCUGCAAGAAGCUCGUGGCGCGGCUCUCGCAGUCCGGCGUCGACCCGAUCCGGCUCGCCGCCGUCGCCACGCAGACCGACGAGGCCGUAUCCCGGUUCGGCAAGGUGGUCACCAUCCUGAGCAACAGGGUCGGCCACGCGAGGGCGAGGGUCGGCCGGAGGAUAUCGCCGCCGGUCGACGCGAGCUGCCUCUUGGACUACCAACCAAUCCCUUCGGUACCGUACCGCCAACCUCCGAAUGGGGUCCAUGUGAGUAGCUCUCCCGUGCCACCGGCGCCGCCACCACAGAUGCAUGUGCCAGUCAUGGUGGCAGCUCCUUCUUCCGCCGGCAACGGCAAGAUCGUUGCACCGGCGCCCAAGGCGCCUGCAGACAGAGACAGGAACAUGUUCCUCGAGACGCCGUUCCUGGAUUCGAGCAGCUGCACCGUUCCAUCCUCCACGGCCGCCGCCGAGCAAAUCAUCAACAGCUCGAAAGCUCCCGCUGCUCCCGCGGCUGCUACUCCUCCUCCUCCUACUUGCAGCGCCCAAUUCCAGUUCCACCAACAGCAUCUUCAUCAUCAGCAGCAGACGCAACAGCAGCAGAGGUUCCAGUUCGAGCAGCACAAGCCGGCCAUCAGCGAGAAGUCAUUCCACCUCGAGAUGCCGCCGGCGGCGGCGAGGAGCGGCAAGGAGCCGGAGGUGAUCACGUUCAGCUUCGACAACUCGGUGUGCACCUCGUCGGCGGCCACCUCCUUCUUCACCAACGUGAGCAGCCAGCUGAUCAGCAUGUCCGAUAACUCUGUCGCCGGGCCGUCGUCAAGAAAGGCGCCGCACUGCACCCGAAAGGCCGACGACGACGGCAAAUGCCACUGCCCAAAGAAGAAGAGGCCGAGGGAGAAGAGGGUGGUGAGGGUGCCGGCGGUGGGCGAUAAGGUCUCUGAUAUUCCCUCGGAUAGCUACUCCUGGAGGAAGUAUGGGCAGAAACCCAUCAAAGGAUCCCCUCAUCCAAGGGGCUACUACCGGUGCAGCAGCAUCAAGGACUGCCCGGCGAGGAAGCAUGUGGAGCGGUGUCGCAGCGACGCCGGGAUGCUCAUCGUCACCUACGAGAACGACCACAACCACGCGCAGCCGCUCGACCUGUCCACGCUCGCCGCACAUUCAGAAGCCUGA